AUGGUGUUAGGAAUGCUACCAAACGAGCUCCUACAACUGAUCGCAGGCAACCUGUCCAUGGACGCAGACCUGAACGCUUUAAUCCAAACACAUAGUCGCUUUUACCACCUGCUCCAAACUUAUUUGUUUGAGCACAAUGCCCGUUAUGGCGAAAGCUCUGCCCUUGUCUGGGCCGCAGCACUUGGCCAUAUAGAGAUAGCAAAAAAAUUACUUCAAGCUAAAGCAGAUGUCAACACCCUUGGCCCUCUCCACCGUUCUCUCUACAAACUCAACUUGCGUACUUCCCGGCGCAUCACCGUGCCCUGUGAUUUUGUGUGGGAAUCGUGCUUCCCUGGGGAUCGGCGCAGGUCAACGCCGAUCAUGCUUGCGGCAAUGUGUGGACAUAAGGAGAUUGUUGAGCUUUUGGUCCACCACGGCGCCGACAUCAAUCGCGAAGUCAGCGGUUGUACCCCUAUACUCGGAGCGAUAGGACAUGCGCAUGCUGAUAUUGUGGAGUACUUACUGAUCGCUGGUGCUGAUCUGGAUGUCAUCUUGAGAGGUGAUUUCUCGUGGCAUACGCCACUCGAGCAUGCAGCACAUGAAGGACAUGUGGAGGUGGUGAAGGUCCUGCUUCGGCAUGGCGUUGAUCCUAACAAGUCCUCACCACUCGCGCUUGCGGCAGAAAUGGGCAGAGUGGAGGCGGCGCGUGCGCUACUUGAAGGGGGAGCAAACGUCGAGGGAAGAAAUACUCACAAUGAUAUGGAUGCACUCUUUAAUGCAGUAUAUAGAGAUGAAGCAUCGAUCGUCGGCCUAUUGAUCGAGUAUGGGGCCAGUCUUGAACGCAGAGAUGAUGAUGACAUGACUCCCCUCGCAUUUGCCGCUCAAGUUAGAAGUGUUAAAGUUGCUGAGGUGCUUCUUGAUCAUGGUGCCAAUGUCAAUGCCUUGGUACAUGGCUCCACAGCGUUGUCUUUCGCGAUCGAUGAAGGAAAUGUGCCGGUGGUAAAACUACUGCUUGAGAACGGUGCUGAUUUAACCUUGACGAACGAGCCAUUUCUUUUAGGUGUACUUAAGAGAUGUCGCAAUCAGGAAGUGGACACCGCAAUAGUCGAGCUGCUACUAAGUCACAAGGCCGAUCCUAAUUGCUGUGACCAGAAAGGGAGGACACCAUUGAUCCUUGCGACAGUUAAACAUAAUCUCGACAUUAUGAGGUUAUUGCUUGCGCACGGAGCCAAUCCCAACCGAGAAGACGAGGGAAUUGAUUUAUUAUCGUGGGCCUUUUUGAAAGGUCAUGCAGACGUAGCAAAUAUGCUACUCGCUUAUGGCGCCAGGGAAUCAUGGCUCAGAGGUGAUCACAUCAUGACACUCCGAGGUGAAUAA